AUGAGCCAAGCGGUCGACAACUUCGAUCCAGAUGCAGAUUCUGCACUUUCAGCGGUAAGUCGUAGCGUUGUGCGCCACAUCUUGGCGCUGUGCGAAAGUCAGUCCAAUAUGAUCGCUAAAACAAGACUGGCCAACAUAAUACGCGACGUGGCCAAGAAAGAGACCAUUCACAGGGCUCAGUUCUCUAAAGUGUACCAGAGUGUCAACAAAAUCCUCAUUGAGACUUUUGGCUACCAACUGGUUGGAUUGCAGCCGAAAAACUCGCCCGCACAUUUAGCAGCGGACAAAGUGCAAACUUUCAUGCUUGUGACAGCAGUUGCAGAGCCACCAGCCGCGUACCAGGCGCUACUGGUGCAAGAAGCGAGUGACAUGUAUGGCUCUCGCGUCAUGGACGAUCAUUAUGUCGGUAACGAGCUGCAGGCGCUGUCAGAGACGAACGCCCAACGGUCUGUCUCUACGGACCGCAACUUGGCCAUGCAGGGACUCACGCUGCUUGUGCUGAUGCUGGUGCUGCUGUCCAAGAACAAUCUGCUCUUGCAAGAGCUGAUUGAGGGUUUGGCGUCGUUUGGCGUCCCGAACGAUGGCCGCCGCAUUCCCGUGGUUGACCUUACACUUGAAGACUUCCUGAAACAUCUCGUGAAGCGCGAGUAUCUGCACCGGGUGGAAGAGAACACCGCUGAUGGCAUGGCCGAUGUCAUUUUGUUCAGAGUCGGACGCAAAGCUCAGGUCGAGUUCGAUAAGUCCGCACUCAUAGAAACGUGUCGGGAAAUCAUGCAGCUCUCACCAGAACAAACAGACCGGCUGAAGCUCUCCAUCGACCUCAAUGUUGGCGACGCCUACAAGACUCAUGUGAGCUAG